AUGUUUCCUCUCCUGGGUGUGGAUGUGCGAGAAAGUGAAGGGCAGAGCAACCAGACUGUCGAUCAGAAGACCAAGCAGAGAGAGAAGAAGACUCUACAGAUGGUCGUUUCCAAGAACGGAGGCAGCAACCUUGCUGGCCCUGCGGGCAAAGUUGCCCGCUCUUCCACAGCACAGCAGCAGCAGCAACAGCAGCACGAGAAGCCUCGUCGCUUCAUCAAGCCUUGUACUCAGCACGCGAGCUCCCUCGAGACCGCAGACGAUGAUGAGUAUGACGACUGCUGGGACCCCUACUUUGUUUACAAUGGCCCGGCCACAUCCCGAAUCCCCUCUUCUGCCGUCAAUAUUUCAACUCCAGAGUCUGUUGAGAUCUCCCACAAUCGGUUGAGAGAUCACGAUAAUAAAGACCUCAACGAGCUUGAAGUCGACGCCGAACGAGCUUUGUUAGAAUCGGUCGUAGUACUCCCACUUUCCAACCUCGGUGACGGUCGCAGUGAUAGCGGCAGCUUGCUGGAUGAAGGAGCCGGAGGGAUGGUCGUAGAAAAUACAGCAGUGUAUGUGCUUGGAGCGAUUGCGAUGCUCAGCAGGGCAAAGCCUUUCGGCCGGUACGAGGUCAGCGUUGCGAUCCUCGCCAUGAAUGGAGAGCAGACUAAACCACGGUCGAAACUAUUCGUCAAAGACAUCGGCUCACUACACGGAACCUAUGAUCCCUCUCUAGGACUGCCUCUGCAUACUUCGAAAGAGCUUACAAAGGGCGAUAUUCUCAAGUUUGGCAUCGACAUCCAGCCAAUCACCGACCUCUCUCCGCCUUAUACCAUCCAUGUGCACUGGAUCCAACGGGGGGAAUCGUGGACUCGCCCUGUUGACGUGUAUACCAACACAUUGAUUGUCAGAGUCCUUCCGGGUGGAGCAAUCGUCAUCAUCAUCUUGACUGACCUCCUUCCGAAGCAGCUCACCGGGAUUCGAAAGCCUGUCGUAUCAUCACCCAGCUGCACAAAUAAGAAGACCCCCGAGCGUACUCACAUUUCUGCUCCCUGCUCUUCCCGCGACAUUCAUCUCGCUGUCGAGGGCAAUAUUGUCAACUAUACCCGAUCGGGACCUGCAAAGUACCCCGAUGUCGCUGCUGGCAACGCCCGAGCGACGGACAUCCCUCUCGAUGCAGAUACGCGGACUCUACACGAUCACGUCCUUAAAUCUGACCUAAGAGGUGCCAACGACAGGAUGAUAAUCUGA